AUGUCCAAAGGAAUCUUACAGGUACAUCCUCCAAUCUGUGAUUGCCCUGGGUGUCGAAUUUCGUCUCCAGUGAACCGGGGUCGCCUGGCAGAGAAGAGGACGAUUCCCUUACCUCCAACCAGGAUCCCGAAGAAAGAGCUGACCUCAAUUUUCUCACAUAGUGAUGACAGCGAAGAGAGUGAUAAGAGCAAUGGUCAACACCCUGAAGUAAAGCAGGAGGAGGAUCUCCAUAUCAGUAUCAUGAAAAGAAGGAUACACACCCACUGGGAUUUAAACAUCUCCUUCCGAGAGACCUCUUGCAGCCGUGAUAACGACCUUUCCACUAUCAUCUCCAACCUGCAUCAGAGCCGUCAACUCGUUAUGCCAGAGACCCAGAGCCGCUGUGAAUUCAAGAGAAACAGCAUCGACGUUGGCUUAGGAGCAGCAGAUGAAAUUUUAGGUAAGAGAAGAGUAUGUUCUCCCAACAGCAGCAGUGAGUGUCCUUUAGAAAGCAAGAAAGCCAGAAGUGAGUCCCCAAAGGAAAACUCCCACACGCCUCUGCUUGAGGACUCGGUGACUCAGAUGACCCCAGAGGAGCACUAUAGACGCAUGAUGUCAGCACUGAAUGAACACGGCACGUUUGAAGAGCAGCAGCAACAACGUCUCUACCAGCUGGCCAACAGUAUGGCAGUGCCCAGCCACGGAGGCCUCAUUGCUACCCUAGAAGGGCAGCGCCAGGAGAUAUCCCACCCGCCGCCUCUGCUUUCACCCCAGAACGCGCCCCAUAUUGCCCUGGGGCCCCACUUGAGACCUCCUUUCCUUGGGGUGCCUUCGGCUCUGUGCCAGACACCAGGUUACGGGUUCCUACAGCCGGCACAAGCAGAGAUGUUUGCACGGCAGCAAGAGAUGCUACGAAAGCAAAACCUGGCAAGGCUGGAGAUGUCAGCCGAGAUCAUCCGCCAGAAGGAGCUGGAGAAUCUCCACAGGCAAAGGCUAAUGGCUGGUGACCCGCUGAGCCUGCAUCCCGGCUUGCCCCCAGACCACCCGGCCCUGCGCAACGUGCACGACAUCCCCGAGGGCCACCCGCUGCGGGAGGAGCUCUCCCGGAGGAACGCCAUGCUGGUCCUGAGGCACAAUAACACUCCCCUGCUCUCCCUCAACCCCAGCGUCCCCAGCAGUGCCACGCCGCCCAAGGAGCAGCCCCGGCGGGGCAGCCGGAAAUCGGCACACCACAGUGCUGAGCCGCAGGGGCUGAGCGAGGCCAAGGAGCUGGCGGAGCCCCGGGCGCGGGAUGGCGUGCCAGACUGUAACGAUGAGGAGAUGAAGGACUCUGAGAGCGACGCGGAUGUGAGCGACGAGAAGCCGGAGAGCCUGAAGGCUGAGAGCAGCAGCUCAGCCACUGAGCUUAAGGAGUGCAAAGAGACGGGCAAAGUCUGUGAAGGGGCCAAGGAGCUGGGUGAAGCGGCUGCUGGCCAAAAUGCUCCCUGCAGCUCCUCGAGCGCCGAGUCCCCCAGCCAUUUGCUUGGCCCAGGCAUCAACAAAAAUGAGGUGAAAUAUCUCCCGCCAGCCUCCAUCCCACCGCCUCAGCCGCUGCCCUUUGGAUUCCCUUACACGAUGAGCCCGUACUUCCAUGCAGGCACCAUGGGAGGUCUGUUUCUGGAUGGUGAGGAAAGCCCUGCGCUGGAAGACAUCAGCAAAUGGACGGUGGAGGAUGUAUGCAGCUUUGUGUCCAACUUGUCUGGCUGCACCGAGUACACUCAGGUAUUCCGAGAGCAGGCUAUUGAUGGUGAGACCCUGCCCCUCCUGACAGAAGAGCACUUACUGAACAACAUGGGGCUGAAACUCGGACCUGCACUGAAGAUAAGGUCACAGGUCGCCAAGAGAGUGGGCAGAGUUCUGUACAUGGCAGGCUUCCCCAUGGCUUUCCCACUGCAGCCUCCUGGCUUACGGCCACCAGAGCGGGACCUGCCCCCGGCUGAUCUCCGGCCAUCCUCCACAGGCAGCGUGGCCUCCCCUUUCAGCAGUGGCCUGCCCUCUGCCAGCCGCGUCUCACCAAAGCAGGAAAACGGAAACCCCUCCAUCAUUGCUGGGAUCAAUGACACCACGAAACCUCCAUCUUAACUGCAGGACAGCUCUUGACUGCUUCUGGAACUGAGAGUCAGUUGAACAAACUGAAGGUAAUGCAUUUUGAGAGCCCAGGAGAGCCUCCCUCAGCAGUGUGAGACACAGGAGUGAGGAAGGGAGGUUUUUAAUUUUUUUGGAUGCAUUUGCUUUUUGUUAAAAAAAACAAACAAACAAAACAAACCACCCCCACACAGAAGUUUUAAAUACUGUAAAAAGGGAAGGAAAGAAACCUAUCCAAAGAUGUACUGAGACAACGCAAGUGAAGAGAGAGAAAAUGAUUCUAGAGGAUGGCAGCAGCAUUCCCUUUCCCUUUCACACCCCUUCUCGCUCACCAGUCUGAGAUGGAGAGCCACGGACAGGGAACGAACGCUUUUCUUUGCCUUCAAAGAAACAUGGCUUUCAGGAACUUCUGGGUGUGACUCCAGGCAGGGAAGAGGAACGGGCACUGCUCCUCCCAAUGGUACUCAGCACCCCUGAGCAAAAAAACCCAUCAAAAAUGAAACCAACCACCUUCCCAAAUAUCUCCUCCUCCCUGGAAACUGUACUCAGUUCCUCCUUCAGGUGUCUAUGCAUCUCUAGCAACUUUUAAAACAAUACCAAAGACAGACAAAAAGAAAAAAAAA